AUGGGGUUAAAAGACAUGUACAAAGAAAUCAAGAAGAAUGUCAGAUCGUUGGACGAAACUAUGGAUCGAACUGACCAAGAAAUUGAACAUUUCGGCCAUGUACUCGAUAUAACAGAAGAUGGCAUUGCCAAGUUUACAAACUGCAUCUCAAAAGCAGAGGUUGCUGUUCACGAAAUUGAUCAAUUAACCAAUCAUGGAGAAGAAUUAGUUUCCAAACUCCAUGCACUUGUAAAUGUUGUUGAGAAUAAGGAAAUGAUAAUAAUGAGUUUUUAUGGGGCAAUCAUUGUAACAUUUUUGAUUUCCAUUCUAAUCAUUGAAAACUGGAUUUCUGUCUUGAUUUCCAAUAGCAAAUCCAACCAAGCAGACAGAAUCACUUUUUUUGAGACUAUAUUCGAUUACAUGUUUCUUUCCGUUAUUUGUUUUAUAUUGAGAGUUCUCCAAUUGAUUCUAUUCACAAUUGUAACAUACUCUAGUUUGGAGAGUUUUAAGAAGACAAUUCUCAAAAAGGUUGAAGUUGAAAUUAGCCCAAGCACCUCAACAACAAAUGGUACCACUUCUCAAUUAUCUUCCAUUGAAAUACCAGAGUCUCCUUCCAAGAGCAUUCCAUCCAUUACUCUCACAACUCCUAUUCUAGAACCAACCAUUUCAAAUGAGAGCACUGAUGUAACUCCUGUAGAGAGUCCAAUAUCUUCAUUGGCCAACAAUGUUUCUUCCUCAACAAGAACCUCUAAAAGCGAUCUAGCCAAUGCAGAUGAGCUCUCCUCUACAUCAUCAACUUGUUCUGCCACAACAAUAUCAGAAGCUAUUAAAUCCAAUUUGGAAAGUGCUUUACAAAUAGCAAGCUCAAUCUCUCAUACCACAAUAGAAGAGAAUCACUCUUCAAACACCAAUGCUCUCUAA